AUGAUACAACCACAUACACAAACAGGCUCACCGCCACCACCCGACCCGCCCGAUGACAAUGGCACCAGUAUCAACCCGUCCCCACGGCGCCCCUCCCACAGCUUGUCGUCGCUCGAGUCAAUCAACUCCAAUGCCUCCAGCUCGCAUCCCCCUCCACAAACAAUAGACCAAAAGGUACAAAAAACCACAAACUCCAUAGCUGGUCCAGCCGAUGAGAAACCACCUCUCAACCAUGCGCCCUCCAACACCUCGGCCAAGAGUAACCGGGUGCCGCUAGGCCAAAGAAGAGGACUUCUAGCUCAAAUAACCCUCAUCCCCGAGUACGAAGACCCCAGAGACUACGGACCUCGCCAGAAGAUGGUGAUUGUGUUGAUCGUGGCACUCGCCGCCAUCUGUGGACCCAUGGGAACGUCUAUCUUGUUGCCGGCCAUUGAGGAUGUGGGUAAAGACUUGCACACCUCCACGUCGGUGGUGAACGUAUCGGUGGGAAUUUACCUUCUUGCGAUGGGGAUCUUCCCCCUCUGGUGGUCAGCCUUCAGCGAGAAACACGGCCGCCGGAACGUGUAUUUGGUGUCAUUUACCAUGUUUGUGGGCUUCUGUGUGGGAUGCUCACUUGCACCCAGUAUUCAGACAUUAAUUGUAUUUCGGGUGCUCUGCGGUGGGUGCAGUGCAUCGGUGCAGUCAGUGGGGGCAGGCACCAUCGGCGACUUGUACGUGCCUAGUGAGCGUGGCCGGGCCAUGGGGUGGUACUAUUUGGGUCCAUUGAUGGGGCCUUUCCUCUCGCCGAUUUUGGGUGGGGCCGUGGCCCAGGCCUGGGGCUGGCGUGCCACCCAGUGGGUGUUGGUGAUCGUGUCGGGCUUGUCACUCAUGGGAAUCUUGUUCCUUUUGCCGGAAACCCUACGAAAACAGGACGAUAUGGCCAAUAUCCGCAAGCUUUUGGCCAGUGCGAUGCAAGAACAUUCUGACAGUGAGAAGAGCCUGGGCGGCGGAGACAACGAGGAAAUGAUGCUAGACUUGGUGCAGAGCGUGGUGCGGUCGGUGCGACUGGAGCACGAGCAACAGGACGACCAGGACGAAUUUUUGGGAGAGCCGGCCGGCGAUUCGAUCAUGCCCUCGCUCUCGCGACUCACCACCAACCGGUCGGCGUACUCGGUGCGAAUCAACAUGGAGACACUCCAGCACGAACUCUCUAAAUCCAUGUCCCGCAAAUCCGUCCACACCACGAAAUGGCAAAGUUUCAAGCACGAAGCUUAUGAGUAUAUGAUCCGCCCAAUGCACUCACUUGUGCUCUUGGGGUAUCCACCGGUGUUGUUGGUGAUCUGCUAUUCCUCCAUCAGCUUCUCUUUGGUGUACUUUUUCAACCUCACCAUUUCCUACGCGUACUCCAAACUGCCCUACAACUUUUCCCUGGUCAUUGUUGGACUUCUUUACAUUCCCAACUCGGUCACGUACGUGAUAGCAUCGAUCUUGGGAGGCCGUUGGAAUGAUAGGCUUCUUCGCCAGUACGCGGCUGCCCAUAAUGGAGAAAUCCGCCCUGAGGCCAGAAUCUCCUGGAACUUGGUUACAGCCGUACUUUUGUUCCCACCAGCAUGCCUAAUUUUUGGCUGGACGUUGGAUAAGGGGCUUAUUUGGGUGGUGCUGUUGAUUGGAACCGCCAUUUUUGGGUUUGCCGCCAUGUUGGUGAUUGGGGCUACCGUGACCUGUUUGGUCGAUACGUUGCCAGGCAAGGGGGCUACGGGUGUGGCACUCAACAACUUGAUACGGCAGAUUCUCGCUGCUGUGGCCUCUUUUAUAGUGGAGCCAUUGCUCCGGGCCCUUGGACCUGGGGUGCUCUACUCGAUCCUCACGGGGAUUAUCAUCGUGGCAUCAGGAGUGCUUGUGUAUUUGAAGCGUAACGGUGACCGAUUUCGGGAGAGGUAUGACCUUAGUACGUUCUACGAUAAGCUCUAGGGACGAUGUCGGUGGACUAUUUAUUCUGACUGAUUACUCUUUAUAUUCAUGUCACAAACGAAUAAUAAUUUUAUUCAUAUAUAUUAAGUAACAAACCAUAAUGCUAUUCAAGACCCAACAAACUGCU